GCAACAUUCUCUUGCGUCCAUGCGUGCCAUGGCGAGGGCUGACUAAGAUGAUCGAGAUGGUCAGAAACCUCGGCUGGCGAAUGAUUGCCUUCCUCAUUUUGUUUGCUUGCAGCGGUCCUGUACUGAUAUUCCGAACCGCUGUCUCCUUUCCGAGACACGCUCUGUUAGAAAAUUCCCUCCCCUGGCCCGCUGCCCAUGUAACGGCGAAAGGCGGAGGGCUGGGCACAAACUUCUCCUGGAGGGAUCCAGAUCCCAACACCGAGAUGCUCCGAGUAUCUCCGCAGGUGGCUACGGCUGGCAGCAGGCCCGUUUCUUCCCCGGUGCCUCUCCUAGACUUCCGUCCCGUUGUGCGCCCACCCAUAACGUUCACCGGUGAGACCGGCUUCCCGCAUGCCCCGUUACCGGCCACGGUGCACUCCGGUGAUGCUCGGAGGAGACCGGAUGCGCUGUAAUUCUUUGGACCUUUUCUUCGCCUGCUCAUCACAUUUAGCUUUAAUACC